AUGGGUUCCGAUCCGCAGUACGCCAAGUGGCCGCUGCUGCCGCUCUCGCAGCACGUCUUCACCCUCACAAACGCCUACGCCUCGAAGACGUCGCAGCAGGCCGCCCUCAAGGCCCUCCAGGACGCCAUCACCGAGGACAAAAUGGCGCCCUUUUACCGCUACCUGGCGCACCCCAUCGACGGCGUCCUCCACCAGGUCGGCGAGGGCGGCGCCGCGGGCCCCGGCAAGCCGCUCAGCCGCAAGUCGUCCCUCGUCGGCAUGAUUGCCACGAAAGCCACCGCGCACGGCGUCCACCUGCCCUGGGACGAGGCCCUGUACGCGCGCUUACUCGAGGACAACGAAAAGGAGCUGGCGCAGUUUCAGAAGGAGGAGGACGAUGCGGAGGAGCAGGCGGGCGAGACGGAGGUCCUGGCUGCCAAGGGCAGGCGAGCAGACUUUUGGGCUCGCGUGGGUGACAAGGAGAAAGCAAUCACAGCAUACGACGAUGUUUUCGAAAAGACGGGCAUCCUUGGCAGCAAAAUCGACCUCGUCCUUGCGAUAAUACGCAUGGGUCUGUUCUACGGCGAUAAGCAACUUGUCAAGAAGUACAUUGAGCGCGCAAAGGGGCUCGUCGAGACUGGUGGUGACUGGGACCGUCGAAACCGCCUCAAGGCCUACGAGGGCCUCCACCUCCUCACCGUCAGAUCCCAUAGUGCUGCCGCGCCCCUUCUCCUCGACUCCCUGUCGACCUUUACCAGCUACGAACUCUGCACCUACUCCAACCUUGUCGUAUACUCUGUCUUGGCUGGCUCUGUCUCGCUGAAGCGCGUCGACUUCAAGUCCAAGGUGGUUGACGCUCCCGAGAUCAAGGCCAUCCUGGGCGACGGCGAGGACAAGCUGCUCGCUCUCAGCGGUGCUUUGAGCGCCGGCCCUGGCGCCGACGACACCCCCGGCACAAACACCCCCAAGGCUGCGACGACGGCUGUCAACCUGACCACUCUUGGCUCGAGCGCGGAGCAGACGGAAGCCGAGGCGGCCAUUGACUUUUCGCCGUUGGCGCUCCUCGUCAGCAGCCUAUACAACGGCAACUACAAGACCUUCUUCCAAUCGCUCGCCUCAGUCGAGGAGCAGUUCCUCAACCAGGACCGCUACCUGCACGAGCACAAGACGUGGUUCAUCCGCGAGAUGCGCCUCCGCGCGUACCAGCAGCUUCUGCAGAGCUACCGUGUCGUUGGCCUCGACAGCAUGGCCAAUGACUUUGGCGUCACGGUAGACUUUUUGGACCGUGAUCUCGCCCGCUUCAUCGCCGCCGGUCGCAUCCCCUGCACAAUUGAUCGCGUGAGCGGCAAGGGCGUCAUCGAGACGAACCGACCGGACGAUAAGAACAAGCAGUACCAGGACGUUGUCCGACAGGGCGACCAGCUGAUUACAAAACUACAAAAGUACGGACAGGCUGUUCGACUUCGUGGAAGUGAGAGGGCGUAA